UUUUAUUUUUCCAAAUGUGGAUUUUCAACGAGAAAAUCUGAAAAAAUUCCACGGCGUACAUCGCCCCGUCCUGGACGUCCGUGAUUUAUUUCAAAAUUUUUCGUGUCGUAUUACAGGAGAGAAAAAAAAAAAAUGAAACAAGCGGAGACGUAGCGCUGGACAUUGCGCGAGAUCGAAGUCGUUUUCGUUCGCAACACCCCGUAUGCGGAAAGCACGGUGCACGAUUUGAGCAUUCCGACCGAAAAUCGGGACAGUGGUUCGGCAGUUCACGGUCAAAGGAGCUACGGAGGACUCGUUUUCGAACUAUCUUACGAUCCUGCCCUACCUCCGGCCGCGGUGCGAGAUUCUAGUGGGGGGUCAAACAGCGGCGAAUUCUUCCAGUCUAGUCGAGGGCCGUGCUGCCGAUGCCACCGUGCCUAAGUUAACGGUUCCGUGGUCAGUUUCAAAGGUGUCGUUAUCCGUGGAUCACGUUUACGUCGAUUCCGGAAAAUUACUCGUGCGUUCAACUUCGCUGAGACAAUAUUUUUUUCUCGGGCUCGCGCGGCCACGGGCCUCGUCUUUAUUGUUUCCCUCCGCGGGUACAACAGGUGGCAUCGGCCGAUUCGACUGCAUUCCGUCUCGCCCGUAAACGGAACCAAAGUCGUUUCGGGGAAAUAAACAGGCUGUUUUUCGUGUCUCCCGUGACUCUUGCGUGAUUACCAUCAGAGCUGGGCCCGAACCCCGAACGUCAUGGGCCGAAAUUGGCUGUGAACGCGAACAUCCACAAAUAUGAAUGCACACCUGUGGGCGUUGGCACUGCUAUUAGCAGCCAUAGUCGGUUCCGUAGCAGCAACAUCUAGUUGCCCAUGGGCCCAACACGUGACGGAUCUGGAGAGUUCCUGUAUCUGCGACUACAACCUGGCCAGGGAACUCUCGGUGCAAUGCGACAUCGUCGAUUACGAGCUGCUGAUGACCGCCAUGCAGCGUUAUGCGACGAAAAACACCGUGGAUUUACUUUACGUUAACAAUAGCACGAUUACAGUUCUGAAGAAUGACUCCUUCACGGGAUUUAGGAUUAACAACGUGCAGCUGUCCGGCUGCCAAAUUAGAGUCAUCGAGGCAGAAGCCUUCAAAGGGCAGGAAACUUGUUUGAAGAGUCUGAACUUGAAGGAUAACGAGCUGACAGAAGUUCCAAGUAGUAUAUUGAAAACUCUGAGGAAUCUGACCGUGUUGGACCUGUCGAUGAACAAAAUUACAAGAGUGAACGAUAAUGCUUUCGCUGGCAUGAGAUUGGUUACGCUGAAACUCUCUGAUAACGAAGUUACUCUAGCUCCUGGAUCGUUUCGAGGUUUGGAGAGAUCGUUGAAGAACCUGAAUUUGAAAGGGACUAGACAGAAGAAGAUACCAGAGGGUCUCAGGGGCUUGAAGACUCUGGCAUUCCUCGAUCUAUCCCAAAACAGUAUUCGAGAGCUUCCUGGAUCCGCUGGGACGAAGGCCUUCGAAGGACUGGAAUCACUGACUGGAUUGAACCUCGAAAGGAACCUGAUUCAAAAUAUCGGAGCGGAUGCUUUCUAUGGAAUCAAGAAUACGUUGAGCUCUUUAAGUUUGCUGAACAAUCUCAUCCCAGACUUCCCCACGGCUGCUAUCAACAGCGUUCAGGAUCUUAGAGUACUAGACAUUGGAUUCAACUUGAUAACGGACCUGCCCGUGAAUGCUUUCGAGAAGAAUCCAUCGAUAACUCUUCUGGCGAUCGAUGGAAAUCCUCUGUCGACUAUUCCUGAAGAAGCCCUCGCUGGAUUGAACGGAACGCUUCGUGGGCUGAGUUUGGGAGGUCGAUUUCUAGUCUGCGAUUGCAAAUUGCGAUGGAUCGUGGACUGGAUAAAAACCAGAGAUCUCCAAGUGACUAGUCGGGAGCGUAAGCCGCAAUUUUGCGGCAGCCCGCAGAAUUUGCAGGACAAGAGCUUUUAUAACAUAGAUCCGGAAGAAAUGAACUGCGAGAGAACACCAGAAAUCAUUGGAAUCGGUACAGUGGAAAGCGUGGACACGAGAGAACCAACAGGAGCUCUAGGAGUAGCGAGCAGUUACAGCCCAGUUACUCGACCCUCGACCGCUGUUUCCACUUCGACGAGUACAACGACGACGACGACAACGACACCUGCACCGUCUACAACCGAACAGAAACCGACCGAAACGAGCUCGACUACCCCAAGAUCCCCCACCAGCAGGCCAACGGUUGCUCGGACGGGUAACGUCGUGAUAAUGAGGACUACGGUGUCCCCUCCGAAACACGUUCAGGACCAUUUGCAGCCGCACCAACCGAGACCACCUUUGGUGCUUGGUUCUCCGCUUUACAAACCAAAGACGAACGAAAAGGACAUCGUGGUUAAGGACGUGCUGAGACAGGAUAAUGCUGUGAUCAUAUACUGGGACACCAAUGCAGCAAACAUUCUAGGGUUCAAAGUUAUUUAUCGACUGUUUGGAGAUGGUAACUUUAAACAAGCGCCGCCACUUGAGGCCAGCGAAAGAGAGUUCAAGAUAAAGAACGUGCCUUCGCAGGAAUGUAUAGUAGUAUGCGUGGUUUCCUUGGAAGAAACCAACAUCACCCCAGCAAAUGUACCAUAUAAUCAAUGUAGAGAAGUGAGAACGGAAAAUUCGCCUACGUCCAACAUGGACAAGAUUACUAUCGCUGCCAGUGCAGCUAUAUGCGCCACGAUAGUGGUCGCUGUGAUAAUAUUCAUCGUCGCGAACCGUCGAAGGGCCAGGAAACUUCACACGCUUCAUACCAUCGAUCAGACGAAAAUGGGAGGGCCGAUCGCUGGACUGCCCGUUAAUUGUUGCUCUAACGUUGGUCCGACCCCCAGCCCCGGUGGGCCGUUGUCCUCGAUGGCGACGCUCAGCGCUUACAAUGCUCAGAAAGAAUGGGACCAAGUAUCCGCGUAUAGUAAUAGAAGCAUACCGAGACCUAGGAUAUUCCCGAUAGAACGACAAGGGUCGAUAACGAGGGCUUCCUGUAUCGACGAGGUCAGAUCUCAAACGAGCCACUACAACAGCGGGAAAGUGUCGACCCGAUCCGUAGUCGACGGUCAAUCGCAGCACAGUUUUUCCAACACCUCCACGAGAUAUUUUACGAACAACACGUUGUCGUCUAAUCUAGCUAACACGAGACCAGAGUUGAGACAAUCUCGGCAGUCAUUGGCGGCAGCAUCCGAUAGGAUGUCGCGAACAAACUUCUCACCGAGUCAUAUGCCGUCGCACACUUCGUCCAGGAGGCAGAGACCGCGAUCGUGCAACCGUACUUUGGAACAGAAUCCUCCGCGACCUGGUAGCCGAUACAGCAUAGCCGACUCGACGCACACUCUCAACAAUUACGAGGAAAACAAUUGGACCGAUCAUGACAUGGAUAUAUACAUGGCGCGCAAUCCAACUGCGAGGACCGGUCACAUGCCUCUUUAACUUAAAACACUAUACGUGUACAGUUUUGCUCAAACGUGUUCAGUGACAUUUUUUAUUCGGAGCAUUUGGACUGCUCUUGCUCGAUUAGGUGUAUUAUAUGACAUUUAAGGAGACGCAGAGUUCGUAAAUAAUUUAGUAUAACGACAGCAAGCUACGUUAUUGCAAGUAUCGCGCGUAAGCGAAUGCAUUAAAAUUGAGGGCAGCUCAACCAUAACAAUACGGAGGAGAAUGUUAUAAUAGCUUUAAGGAAGUUGACAUAAAGUAUUUUAAAACGCACAUUAAGAGAAUAUGCUAUGUGUGCUUGAAUCAAACGUUAUGAUUUGCUUGACUAAGGCACACGAUCUCUAGGAAAGAUUUUAGCGAUAAGUCGUAAAUGAGUCUAGAUUAAUGUGUAUGAGUGGUGAAUGUGUUUUUAUCCAAAGACUAUAUCAUAUAAAUGAACAUUUAUCGAAAUCUGAGUUGUACCGAUGUACAAAGUACUUUACGACAUACGACAUGCCCUGGUAACGAGAGUUUUCUGCUAGAAAAGAAUUGAUUUUAUAUAUAUUUUUAAAUAACAGUUAUUUUAUAAGUUUCAGUACUGGAAUAAAAAAUUAAAACUGAA